UCAGCGUUCAACUUGCCAACUUGUUCAGUGCAAAUUUCUGAAAACCAAUCAUGAAGUGUAUCGCAGCUACAGUCAUGGUUGCCCUGAUGGCAGUCAUCGCCGAAGCGUCGUACGCCCCAGCGGUCUACGGAGGUCAUUACGGAUAUGCUGCAGCCCCCGUAGUAACAUACGCUGCCCAUCACGGAGGACCAACCGUCGUGCAGUCGAAUGAUCAUCACAGCUGGGCCUAUGCCAACGCUUACAACAACCAUUGGGGAUACGCACCGGCUGCCGUUGCCUACAACAGCUGGGAUGGUCACUGGGGUGCUCCUGCCGUAGCCUAUGGCGCUCACUGGAACCACGGUGCUGUGGUUACCCCAGUUCAACAUGCCGCUUCGUACGUUGCUGCCAACCGGGGAGCAAUCCACAAGGCUCCUCUUAUUGGACAUGUCCUCAACCAGAAGUCACUGAAUCUGGCUGCGGCUCCUGGAACCUGGUAAGUGGCCGAAGAUGCUCCACGCUGGGUUUGUAAAUACG